UAUCCUCCGACAACUAACCGUUUGGUUUGAGCCUCCCAUUCGAGGUUGCUCUUUCUUGGAACUCGUUCACGCCCCUUGGCUGUCCGCAAGAACCACCACUAUCACCUCCUCCUUCUCGGAUGUAAGAGACGCUGCUUCAGACCAAAACCAAAAAUUAAAAAGAAAAUAGAAGAGUUACCGACAUGAUUCAAUGAGUACUCCCUGAGGUCAUGCCGGCCCCACUAAAUUUACACCGACUCCCAGAAGCAGACAGAGCCAGCUACAUUACCCUGGUCCAGCAGUUCCCCUUACUCCUCUCUAUAAAUUCCGCGCUCCCUCCCCAACCCCCCAGCGUCCCUCAAUUCUCUUUGUCUCUUCAAUUCAAUUCUGCAGUGGUUCUUGCAUAUUUAGACGGUGAAUAAGUGUUAAAAUGGCGGAGUAUAAAGUUGUCCUCUGCCUCCGUUCGGCCAUCCUCUUCUUGCUUGCUUCCGGUGCGUUAUCGGCGACCUUCACGGUGACGAACAGCUGCGGGUACACGGUGUGGCCAGGCGUGCUGUCGAGCGCGGGCACGGCGGCGCUGGGGACGACGGGUUUCGUGCUGUCUCCCGGCGAGUCGCGGAACCUUGACGUGCCGGCGUCGUGGUCGGGGCGCCUCUGGGGCCGCACCCUCUGCUCCACCGACCCCGCCACUGGCGCCUUCUCCUGCACCACCGGCGACUGCGGCUCCGCCAAGACGGAGUGCUCCGGAGGCGGCGCCGCUCCGCCUGCCACCCUCGCGGAGUUCACCCUCAAUGGCAGCGGCGGGAUGGACUUCUACGACGUCAGCCUCGUCGACGGGUACAACCUGCCGAUGCUGGUGGUGCCGCAUGGCGGGACGGGCGGAAACUGCACGGCCACGGGAUGCCUGGUCGACAUCAACAGCGCGUGCCCGUCGGACCUCAAAGUGGUCGUCGCCGCGUCUGUGGGCGGCAGCGGUGGCGUGGCGUGCAAGAGCGCUUGUGAGGCGUUCGGGUCGCCGCAGUAUUGCUGCAGCGGGGCGUACGGCAACCCCAAUACCUGUAGGCCCUCCACCUACUCCCAGUUCUUCAAGAACUCCUGCCCAAGAGCUUACAGCUAUGCUUACGACGAUGCUACUUCUACCUUUACCUGCGCCUCCGCCGACUACAUCAUAACCUUCUGCCCGGGCACCGCCAGCCAGAAAUCGUCGGGCAAGAACCCCGAAGCUGCAGGCCUCCCGGCGGCCGCAGGCCUACCAAUGGUGAGCAGCGAUGGAAUGGUGUUCCUGAGCGGCGAGCAGAUCAGCAAGGCCUCCCCCCCGGUCAUGCUGCGCAUCUCUAUCCUCCCACUCGCUCUGGCGGUCGUCCUCCUCGUCUCCUUGCUCCAGCUCUUACUCCUUUCCUUUUGACCGCAUGCAAACGGGUGCCGUGUCUGGCUUGUCACGCCGUGCCAGACUAUUUGACAGCCAAAAAGAGAAAAAAAAAAAAGAAAAAAAGAAAAAUGAGAAAAAAAGAAUUAAAAAAAGAAAACUUCGCAGCCUCUAUAGUUAUUGGCCGGACGCGUCAUCAUCUCUGUGGACCGCACACAGCCCAGCGUCUCUUUGUCCUCGUCUUCUUGUCCUGUCCGCCUCCAGACUUAAGAUUCGACAAUCUAAUUAAGUUGCUGCUGUUUUAGAAAGAAGAAAAGUGUGGGCGAAUGCUGACAUACAUCUGACAGCGAAACGGAGCUUGCAUGCGGACGAUCUUUUUUCAUUUGAUUAUUAGAACUUAGAUGAUUCAUUUUAAAUAUUUUAAUUUCUAGGUUUAAUUAGGGUGAGGGUUCAUGGCUUAUUCAUUUUAUUUAUGUGAGAGAGGGGCGAAGGGCGGAGGGGAUGGGGGUGUCGUGGUGGUGGUGGUGGUGGUGGUGGUGAUGGUGGUAAUGAUAUAAUAUUCCAUGUACCAAACACACCGUGCGUAGAGCUUGUGUGGCUCUCCGGGUUGUGACAAUCAUUUUAAAACGAGGAUUCGUCAAACGGAUGAUAUAUUAUUGAUGGAAAUGUGCGUUGAAAUGUGCUUUUUGUGUAA